ACCCAAAUUAUGACGUAAAAAACAUUGACCGUCUAAAUCAUUUUCCUAAUCCACAACACAAGCCCAUUUUCUCUCUCCAACUCUAUGCCGUCGAAAUAUCAGAUCUCAAUCGCCGAUUAUCUUUUCCGAUCGCCGUGUAAGCUCUUAUUAUCAGGGACCGUUUGCUUGGCAUCUCUAUGAAGGUGUAGUAGAGAUAAGUCUCUGGGGGCAUGUCAUUUAACAUUACCGACCCCCUUCCUUUAAGGAAUGACAACCACAAUAAUGCAGCUCACUUUUUUGUUUGUUUUGGAGGGUAAGGUUGUGUAGGUACAGCCAAAAAAUCUUACCUAUGUACUAGGUAGAAGCCGUGUUGGGAGCCAUUUAAAGAUUUGAGAUACCAAAAUGUCGUUGCUCAUAAAUUAAGUGAAAAAUUCGAACCAGUGUGGUCCAAUCCUGGUAAAUAUCUUUACCCAUAAAUUGGAAGGUCCAUUUUUCCAUCAUAGAUCGAUUUAUUACUGUGCUUCAUUCUAAAAACGGUGAUUGGAGUAUGAUGGGUAGCUGACAAUCUAUAAAGAGAGAAAAAAGGUUUUUGGUUGAUCUAUUAAGAUGAUGACGACUGAUGAGCAAGAUCAAGAUGCCAUCGGUUGGAGUUUGAAUCUUCUUGAUUUGGGACCAUUGUUCAAUAACACUUAUGGCAGUUGUUAUAGUUCAGAAGAUGGGAGCAUCUAUCAUGGACAAUAUCUGAGAGAGUACAAUUAUGAUGCGCCUUGUAAUUCUGAAUGUAACUAUGUGGAAAAAGAUGCGAUGCUUGCACAUUCUCUACAAGAAGAAUUUUCACGAUUGGAAGUUGAUAAUGCAGCUCAAUCCUCUCACGCAGAAUCAGAGCAGUUUCAUCCAGUUUCAUCUAAUGAUUCUUCAGACUGGCUUGCACCAUCUACUGCCAAUUACUGUUCUGUUCAUGAGAGCGCCCAGGAGGCAGAUGAUACGGGGCAUUCGAGCUCAUGUUCUAGUCCAGGAGAGAGAUCAUAUGAUGGUGAAGAUUAUUCGUAUUCACUGGAAUUUGCUGACGAGUCUGCACUUGACGGAGAACUGGGGAAGAGGCUUAACCAAAUGAUACCUGUUCCUCAUGUACCUCGAAUUAAUGGGGAAAUACCUUCAAUGGAUGAAGCAACUUCAGAUCAUCAAAGACUACUAGAUAGAUUGCAGUUGUAUAAUUUAGUUGAGCGCAAGGUCCAAGGAGAUGGAAAUUGUCAGUUCCGCGCUUUGUCAGAUCAAUUCUAUCGUACUCCAGAACAUCAUAAGUUUGUGAGGCAGCAGGUUGUCAAUCAGCUUAAAUCAGAACCAGAGUACUAUGAGGAAUAUGUGCCUAUGGAGUAUGGUGAAUACCUAAAGAAGAUGUCCAAGAGUGGUGAAUGGGGAGAUCAUGUCACUUUGCAGGCAGCUGCUGAUUCGUAUGGUGUUAAGAUAUUCCUCAUCACUUCUUUCAAGGACACAUGUUACAUGGAAAUUAUUCCAAAGAUUCAAAGGUCAAACCGAGUCAUCUUUUUGAGCUUUUGGGCGGAAGUGCAUUAUAACUCAAUCUAUCCAGAAGGAGAGUUACCGCCUCCCUGUGAAUUGAGAAAGAAGAAGAGAUGGUGGCAUUUCGGAAAUAAUUAACAAGGAUUAUUUAUUUAUAUGGAUACUUGACGCUUCUAAUUGAUCUGUAUAUAUUGAUCUAGGUCAGACCCGUGAGCAUCACUUUUAUUCGCAAUAAUGUCUUUAUUAUUUCUUGUGUUUCUCUGCCUGGCCUUGGAUAUUGUGCAGGUGACGAGGAUGAGUCUUAAAAACAAACAUUUAUAUGACCUAUGCCUUAUAUCAUAAUAUAUGUCUUGGCAUGCAUUUUGAUUUCGCAUGCCACUUCCAA